AUGUUCUUUGCCGACGGCGUUCGGCGGACUGACUACGUGAUUGCCUUCACCUUACCACCGAAGUGCCUCAAAUUGCAGGAUGACUUCUUUUCCAGUCUCCUGGAUUAUGGAAUUGAAAUCGAGAUGGAGAACUGUGACGGGCAGAUUUUCGACUUCAAGGACGCCGCGUCCGUUGGCGUGUUGGGCGAAAAAGGCGUUGGAAUUGCGAGGCUGCACAUCACGUGGACCCAGUUGCUAAGGGUUGCGGAAGUUCUGCGCUUCCAGAAGCCCGUCGUAUUUGACGAAUACUUCUUCAUUUCAUUCGGCGUCGAUCGAAUAAAAACAUUCAAGAGUAUUUCAAACGAGGAAGAUUUCUUCUCUCCGCUUGAACGGACGGAGGCAAUUGAGUACAUCCUGAGGCGCGUCACCGUCCAACCACACGCCACUUCUGACUCCGACCACAACACCUUGCUGCCCUCCGCUGGUGUUUACGAGCACCUGAGAAACACGGUCUUCUUGGCUGCAUUUCCGCUUCACGAGCCGGAAAUACCUGGCGGACUGCGUUCAAGGCUGAUCGCUAAUUGGGCAUCCUGCUCAAGUUUGUUAAACAAACAGCCACUGGACGACAUCAGGGCCUACUUCGGAGAAAGAGUGGCGUUUUGCUUUGCUUGGACCCAAUUCUACAUGUGGUGCUUCUUGGGCAUAUUCCUCGUGUCCUUUGGCGUGGCGAUAAUUCCCUCAAUCCUGCCAAAUUCCCCUCACUCUAUAAUAUCCGAGAUCUGUGCCCCGAACGCCACCACCUACAUCAUGUGUCCUUCAUGCAGUGUCAAGGGCUGCCGAUUUCGGAAGCUGAGCGAUGCCUGUGGGGACUUGUCGUUGAUUUACUUCUUCGACAAUCCAAUCUCAACUUUUCUGGCAUUCAUUGCGCCAAUCCUGGGCACACUGUGUUUGAAUCUGUGGAUCUACGAACAGAGCAAACUGCAACACCGGUGGCACGUGCAGGAUUACCGAAUAACCGACGAACCACCACGACAGGAGUUUUUGGCGCGUCUCCAUGGUAAACCCAGCUCUUCCACGAUACAUCGCUCGUAUUGGCGAUUCACAGCUCCUGUGCACGCUGUUACCUACCUCAUUACUUGUCUGCUAAUUGGACUAACGGUUGCACUGACCUUCACCACAAUGUACGUGGGUUAUCGCCUCGAAAUCUACUUUUUGCAAUGUGCCAACGAGUUUUGCAACAAACAUGCUACUUAUUUGGCCUUCGCUGUUGACCACACUCUCAAUGCAGUGGGCAUUUGCGCGCUGAGCUGGAUUUACAAGACCUGGGCAGAAAAAUCGACCAGCUUCGAGUGUCACCGUACGCAAUCCCAACACGACAGAAGCCUCAUGCUGAAAUUGUUUUUCCUGGAAUUCAUCAAUGUCUACCUCUCGUUGCUGUCGGCAGUGGUUAUUCGCGCUGUGAAUGUCUCAUUUCCUGGCCAAAGUCACGCGAUGUUUGAACCACCUGAGUGGCCAGUUUGGACGGGUCUAUUUGCCAUUUUCUACGAAGUUUACAUUGAGUGUACCGUGAUUGUUGUCGUGAAAGGAAUCAGGCAAUGGCUCCCACGCGAUUGGUGGACACGUCUGAGAAGGAAGAUUGGUCCUUCGGGCCAGGUACCUGUCCCAGGGAACAGUGGAAGCCCUGCCUAUCGACACUGCCUCGACAAUCUCGCUCUCUGCAGUCCUGAUGCCCGACCCCUCUUUCAACAGUACCUCUACAUGUGCCUGUUCAUCGGUUUCGCGGUGAUGUUUCUGCCCGCGUCUUUUCCCUGGAUCAUCAGUCUCCUCCUGUUCGCCACCCUGACGGUUCGUGGGCUGGCGAUGAAACUCACUCGCACGAUGCAUCGCUUGGUAGCGCACAGGGCGCGUUCCAUUGGGAUUUGGACUCAAGUUCUCAAAGGACUUACUGCGUUUUCCAUCCUCACAAACGCCUGCCUCAUUGCCUUCUCGAGUGAGUUUGUCAACAAACUUGUCUACCAGUUUCACUACUCACCGGACGGUAGUCUUCGCGGCUACACCGAAUUCACCCUCUCCUACAUGGAUAUUGAUAGUUUCGAGAUCGCCGACGAGGACAGAAGCCUUUUAAAUGGCGCCAGGGUCUGCAGGUAUUUCGGCUACCGAGAGCCACCGACCAGUGAGAAACCCUACCAUCUGACAUCGGUGUUCUGGCACAUUCUAGCGGCCAAAUUUAUCUUCAUCUUCGUUUUUGCGGUAUCCGUCAUUUUCAUCAACUGGCUGCUGAGUUGUAUCAUUCCACGGACUGCGGCAAACUCGAAAAAGGCUCGUGAAGCCGAAUCCAGGAUGGCCAAGGCCAUGAUAUUCAACAGAUCGUCAUUUAAUCAGGACAGUACGAAGCCGUCUAGACACCAGCUCACGUUGGCAAAGGGACUGAAGCUGGUGUACAUACUGCGUGACGACCGUUACUAG